CCGCCUAUAAAGAGGAGAGGAGACGUGACCGCCGCAGCUCAUCGGAGAGAGUCCCCGCUCAUCUCGACUUUCCAUCGGAGGAAGACCCCAAGUACAGAUAUGUUGAAGAUGGCGAGGCGACUCCUGCAGCACUCCUCAAGGGCUGCUUCAUCCCGAAAGAUUCUUGUUACUGCAACUCCAAGCAACUUCAGAUUUUUACGUGGCAUCACUUCUGAGACUGGGAUGCCUUCUGCUAUACCUACUUUAAUACGUGAUGGGAAAUCCGCAGCCAAAAUAUCAGCAUCUUAUUCAAUUUUCAAGGGCAAAGCUGCCCUGGCUGCUGAUCCUCUGUCGCCAACUUUUAGUAAAUCGGCAUCUGGUGUUUACAGAGUUGAACGUCGUGGAGUCAUUAUGUUAACAUUUUGGCCUGCUAAUGGUGAUCUAAAAUAUGAUUGGGAGAAGAGGCAGAAAUUUGCUUUGUCAGCCACAGAGGUUGGAUCCCUGAUCAGUUUGGGUUCUGAAGAUUCUUGCGAAUUCUUCCAUGAUCCAUCCAUGAAAUCCGAUAAUGCAGGCCAAGUUAGAAAGAGUUUAUUGAUUAAAGCACAUUCUGAUGGAAGUGGUUACUUAAUAUCUUUAACUGUGGUCAAUAAUAUCCUGAAAACAAAUGACAAAUUUUGUGUUCCUGUCACUACUGCUGAAUUUGCUGUCAUGCGAACGGCUUUCACGUUUGCCUUACCUCACAUCAUGGGCUGGGACCAGUGCACAAAUCAGCUUCCGCGGCAGGCUGAUCAGAGUACACCGCCUAUGGCGGCAACUGAGUGGGACAGAUGAGUGUUUCAUGCAUGCGUUUGCUGAUCUUUGGCAACUGAAUGGGACAGACACCGAGUGCGGAUCGAGUGUAGUGUUUUGUGCGUGUGCUUUGCUUGCUAUUUUUGUUCCUUACUUGGUUAAUCACCCCGACAGGCACCGUCAGCUUUUUUGUUGCUUAUGUAUGAUAUGAUGCAACCAUUGAUCAUUAUUAUCA